AUGGUCCGUGGUUCGGACUCGAUCUCUUCCGAUUUCUUUUGUGGGCAACGUGGCAGUAUCGCAGCUGUCGUGCUUCCUUCGAGUGGCGUGACAGCUAGGCACCCAAAAGAUGGUUCUUGUCAUUUGAUUCCACAUCAUCUACAGUUUUCGUGUUUACCCUUCAUUGUCCAACAAAGCAUACAGAUUGGAAGAGGUGACAUCAUGGAAGCCGGUUCGAUCGCCUUGUUGGACACCGGAAGUUCGAAAAUAUUCUUGCCUGCCUACAUAUUUUAUGAAUUGAAACGGAUAUUAGAUGGCCGUCGGAUGCUAAGUGACAGGUUCCUUGUUGACUGUUCAAAAUUCGGACGAUUCCCACCGAUUCAUUUACUGAUCGCCAAACACAGGUUCACCCUUCAUGCAGAAGACUACAUCGUACGGGUAAUUGUUUACUUUGAGUUUCACUGCAUAAGUGAUAUUUUGAUUGUUGAUAAGGCCAGUAUCACUUUGUUUUCGGGCUGGGGCAGCUGA